GUUACAAGCUACAAAGAAAGGCAUCAUGAAAUACUUCAUAAUACAUCCGGUAAAGUAGCGGGAGGCAGAAAUCAAGUUCCUAACGGUGCUGUGACCCCAGUGUCUUUUUACAGUUCGGUUACUUGUUUCCCUUGCGUUAUCUGGCAACCCUGACCAAACUGCGACAGCGCCAAUGGCAGCAAAACAUAACUGUUACAGGCGAGGAGGAUGACAGCAACAAGAAUUACAUAAUUUAGUUUUGCCUGCUUACAUAGGUGAAGAUCAUAUUACUUUGGCCCUACACAAGGAGCCUGUCGUGCUGGAGUCCAACGCUGAGUAUGAUUCCCUGGUUGCGGUGGAGGUGAGGAAGCAUGGGGUGGAAAUCUGAGGUGUCAGGACAGACGUGAUGACAGCAUGGUCCAUGGUGGAGAAGCUCAAAAUGGAAAAACGCCCAUGCAGGGAGGACAACAUUGACUCAAGCCAGGCCCAGCAUGCCACUGACGAGUCUGAAGAUGGAAGCAGCUCAGAAAGUGAAUCGGAAGAGCAGCAAGCCCGGAGGGUUCAGGUGAACAACAGCGGCUGCAAGAGAAGGGAGCCCUUGGCUGUCACAAAACCCCACCGACAGCUCUGUCGCUCUCCAUGCCUUGACCGGCCCAGUUUCUCCCAGAGUAGCACUGUGCAGGAUUUUGUGCAGGAUGAGACCAGCGCAGUACCAGGGAUCAAGCUUGCCAGUGAGAGAGAGUACCAGACCAAGAUGGAAUUCGCUUUGAAGCUGGGCUAUUCGGGAGAGCAGGUGGAGACGGUGCUCAACAAGUUGGGGGCUGCUGCACUUAUUAACGACGUUCUCGCUGAGUUAGUGCGACUUGGAAACAAAGUAGAGCCUGAAAUUCAACCCUGCAGCAGCACGGCCACGUCAAUAGCACGGUCGCCCUGUGUUAAAGAGACUGUUAGUCCAGAAGUGUCAGUGGAAGAUGAACCUGUGGAUACCUUUGAUAACCUCAGGCCCAUCGUCAUUGAUGGCUCAAAUGUGGCAAUGAGCCAUGGAAACAAAGAGGUAUUCUCUUGCCGUGGUAUCCAGCUCGCGGUUGAAUGGUUUCUGGAAAAAGGACACAAAGACAUCACUGUGUUUGUCCCUGCCUGGAGAAAGGAGCAGUCAAGACCCGAUGCUCUCAUCACAGAUCAGGAAAUAUUACGCAAGCUGGAGAAAGAGAAGAUUCUGGUUUUCACCCCAUCUCGCAGAGUCCAAGGCAGGAGAGUGGUGUGCUAUGAUGAUCGCUUCAUAGUGAAGCUGGCUUAUGAUUCUGAUGGAAUUAUUGUGUCAAAUGACAACUACAGGGACUUGCAAAAUGAGAAACCAGAAUGGAAGAAGUUUAUAGAAGAACGUCUCCUGAUGUACUCAUUUGUCAACGACAAGUUUAUGCCACCUGAUGAUCCUUUGGGAAGACAUGGGCCAAGCUUAGAAAAUUUUCUCAGAAAGCGGCCUGUUGUUCCAGAGCACAAAAAACAACCUUGCCCCUAUGGGAAAAAGUGCACAUAUGGACAUAAGUGCAAGUACUAUCACCCAGAACGUGUCAACCAGCCACAGCGGUCCGUGGCAGAUGAACUGCGGGCCUUUGCCAAAUUGUCUGCAGUGAAAACAAUGAGCGAGGGGGCUUUAGCUAAAUGUGGUACCGGUCCAGCAACUGUAAAAGGGGACAGCAACUCUGAGGCCAAACGUGUGGCACCCAAACGUCAGUCUGACCCCAGCAUUCGCUCAGUGGCCUGUGAACCUCCAGAGGCACUGUCCGUUGUUCGGAAGUCUGAGACAAAUUCAGUGCCUUCCCUCGUGUCUGCUCUCAGUGUGCCCACCAUGCAGCCUGCCAAGAGCCACGCAGCUGGGGCCUUGAACACACGAUCAGCCAGCAGCCCAGUUCCAGGUUCUUUGCAGUUCGCUCACAGUUCCCUGGAGCACAUGUCUAGUGUACAGUACCCUCCUAUUUUAGUUACUAAUAGUCAUGGCGCCUCUGUAACGUACAGUGAACAGUUCCCAAAGUAUGACUCAGUUAGCGACCAUGGAUAUUAUUCACUGCACAGUGAUUUUUCAAAUAUGAGCAUGAGCAGCAUGCAUAAUGUUGACAGUUUCUGUAGCAUGGAGCACGAGCAUGUGUAUCAGAGAAAUCCCAGCCACUGCCCUGAAUCCUGCCUCAGCCAUUCAAACAGUGACUCGUUCUCCUCUUAUGGGGACCUGUACCCAAGCUCUGUGGACAGUAGCUUAGAGGAGAGCAUGAAGGGGCAGCAGCCAUCUCCUGCACAGGGUAGGAUGCAAGCUUUUUCCCAUGGGUUUCGUCAUGAAGCGCUGACUAGAGUGCAGAGUUACGGACCAGAGGAUCCCAAACAAGGCCCCCGUAAGCAGUCUGGAUCUCAUCUAGCACCACAUAUCCAGCAUGCUGCAGUGGGAGCCAGGUCCAGCUGUCCUGGAGACUAUCCCCUAACUCAGAAUGUCCUUCCGCCUUUGUCGUCACAACCCACGCGGUCUCUAGGUAUGACUCGUAUGGACAGCAUAUCGGAUUCUCGGCUAUACGAUAGCAACCCAAUGAGACAGAGGCGACCUCCACUGUGCCGUGAGCAGCAUGCAAGCUGGGACCCUCUCCCUUGUGGUAAUGAGUCCUACGGAUACCAUUCAUAUCCACUGAGUAACAGCCUGAUGCCAUGCUGUGAGCGGGUGAUGGUCCGCAGUAUGCCAGACAAAAUGGAACAAAUCUGGAACUCACCAUGGGAGACCCAGUCCACAGCAGAACACCAAGAGCGGUAUGUUAUCCCAGACCACCAGUAUCAAACAUAUAGGAACCUUUGUAACAUCUUUCCGGCCUACAUAGUCCACUCAGUAAUGGAGAAGAAUCCUCAUUUGACAGACCCACAACAACUUGCCGCUGUCAUUGUCACAAAACUGAGGUCAUGCCACUGAGCACUUACUUUUAUGAUACAUUCAAAAGUGAUGCGAUGGGGGAGAAAAAGGAUUUUGAUUGCAAAGAUAGGCACUUGUUAAAUGUUGCUGCAUGUGCAACAUCUGCCCUCAGGAGUUAAUC